AGUUUUCACUCCACGCUUCAGUUUUCUGAUCUACUCAAAGAACAAAUCUGCCUUGAUUUUCGUUGCACUCAGCUGCAACUCUCUCUCUAUCUCCCUUGUGUUCAGUCUCACCAGUAUUCUCAUGGCUGCUGCUGUCUCCACCGUUGGUGCUGUCAACAGAACCCCGUUGAGUUUGAAUGGGUCUGGUGGUGGAUCGUCUGCGCCAACCUCUGCUUUCUUGGGAACCAGCUUGAAGAAAGUGAGUUCAAGAUUCACAAACUCUAAGAUCCCUUCUGGGAGUUUCAAGAUCAACGCUGAAUAUGAUGAGAAGAAGCAGACCAAGACGGACAGAUGGAAGGGCCUUGGCACUGACACUUCUGAUGACCAACAAGACAUCACCAGAGGAAAGGGUAUGGUCGACUCCCUCUUCCAAGCCCCCAUGGAUACGGGAACUCACUACGCCGUCAUGAAUUCUUAUGACUACAUAAGCCAGGGUCUUCGCCAAUACAACUUGGACAACAACAUGGAUGGCUUCUACAUUGCCCCUGCUUUCAUGGACAAGCUUGUUGUUCACAUCUCUAAGAACUUCAUGACCUUGCCUAACAUUAAGGUUCCUCUCAUCUUGGGUAUCUGGGGAGGAAAAGGUCAAGGAAAAUCAUUCCAAUGUGAGCUGGUGUUCGCCAAGAUGGGCAUUAACCCAAUCAUGAUGAGUGCCGGAGAAUUGGAAAGCGGAAACGCCGGAGAACCCGCUAAGUUGAUCAGGCAAAGGUACCGUGAGGCAGCUGAUAUGAUCAAGAAGGGAAAAAUGUGCGUUCUCUUCAUCAACGAUCUUGAUGCCGGAGCUGGUCGUCUCGGUGGAACAACCCAAUACACAGUUAACAACCAAAUGGUUAAUGCUACUCUGAUGAACAUUGCUGAUAACCCAACAAGCGUCCAGCUCCCUGGUAUGUACAACAAGGAGGAAAACCCCCGUGUCCCCAUCAUCGUCACUGGCAACGAUUUCUCUACAUUGUAUGCUCCGCUCAUCCGUGAUGGCCGUAUGGAGAAGUUCUACUGGGCACCCACCAGGGAAGACCGCAUUGGCGUCUGCAAGGGUAUUUUCAGAACUGACAAUGUCGCUGAUGAUGACAUUGUAAGGCUUGUCGAUACCUUCCCCGGUCAAUCCAUCGAUUUCUUCGGUGCUCUGAGGGCCAGAGUUUACGACGAUGAAGUGAGAAAGUGGGUUUCCGGAGUUGGUGUUGACACCAUUGGGAAGAAGCUUGUGAACUCAAAGGAAGGACCACCAACAUUUGAGCAGCCAAAGAUGACAAUUGAGAAGCUCAUGGAAUAUGGAAACAUGCUUGUCCAAGAGCAAGAGAAUGUGAAGAGAGUCCAAUUGGCUGACAAGUAUUUGAGCGAGGCUGCUCUUGGUGAAGAAAAUGAAGAUGCUAUUCAGAGAGGAACUUUCUAUGGUUAGCUCCCAUCCUAUCUAGAGGCCCUAAUGGGAGGCAAAGCAGCCCAGCAAGUGAGUGUGCCAGUUCCUGAAGGAUGUACUGAUCCAAAUGCAGAAAACUUUGAUCCAACCGCAAGAAGUGAUGAUGGAAGUUGCCUUUAUUAAUUCUAGGGAUAAUGGACGGAGGAAGAAGCACUUACUAAGAAUUGUGAGAUAUUAAAUAAUUCAUAAUGUUUUGUUACCCCUCUUUAGGAACCUCUAAUUUUGUGCUGUGAUUACAUUAUAUUCAAUCCUGAAAGUGCUUUCGUCUCUUACCAUCAA